GAGUGCGAGGGGGAGAGCGCGACUGUUAUUGGGAGAGAAUUGAAAGUUCCGUAAGGAAAUCGACUCCGUGGAGGGCGGAGGUAGCGAGCGAGGCGCGCGCCACCGCGGAUUUUGCAUCGAGCUGCGACAUCGCCGCGGUCACGACAAGAACCACCACCACCGCCAUCACCACCACCGCCACCACCUCCAACAUCACUGUCACCAUCAGCCACCACGACCGCCACCACCAUCGCCGUCGUCGCCGCUGGCGAUGCCUCUGCCCCUGCUGCUGUUGCUUCUGUGGUCGCGACGCAGCCGGAGUCGAAGCCUCGGCGGUGAAGCGCGCUGGUGAGCGGCGCGCUGGUGAGGGGCGCGCUGGUGAGGGGCGCGCUGGUGAGCGGCGCGCUGGUGAGGGGCGCGCUGGUGAGGGGCGCGCUGGUGAGGGGCGCGCUGGUGAGGGGCGCGCUGGUGAGGAGCGUGGCGAGGGAGGCGGCGAGGAGGGGGCGAGGCGGAGCGGGCAGCUGCGCGCGAUGUGAUCGCCCCUCCGGCUCGUCCACGCAGCCGCCAGCGCUGUGAAGGCAGCGCUCGCAUCGCCCCUGCGCCGUCACCACCGACCCCGCGCGCGACGCCGCCGGGAGAGGCGGGAGAGGAGGGGAGGCGGUCGGGGAGCCGAGGGAGCGAGAGAGAGCUGCGAGGGAAAGGCGGGAGACGUCUGUGAGCGUGGAAGACGGGGAGAGGUGUCUGGGCGAGUCCCGUCGAGGAGAGCGGUGGGGGGUGGGGGGACUCUGUGAGUCGCGGGAAGCGUUGGUCAUGCGAGCCGGCCCGGCAGGAUGCCUCUCUGUAACGCCACGGGCGCCCACCAGCAGCAGGAGCAGCAGGAGCAGCAGGAGGGCGACACGGCCCUGAACGCUGCCUACAUCUGCCUGGAGGUGUUCAUCGCUCUGCUCGCCGUGCUCGGCAACGUGCUCGUGUGCUGGGCUGUGUGGCUCAACACCAACUUGCGCAACGUCACCAACUACUUCCUCGUGUCGCUCGCCAUCGCCGACAUCGCCGUCGGCGUGCUGGGCAUCCCGUUCGCCAUCACGCUCAGCGUGGGCUUCACCACCGACUUCUACCUCUGCCUCUUCAUCGCCUGCUUCGUGCUGGUGCUCACGCAGAGCUCCAUCUUCAGCAUGCUCGCCAUCGCGCUCGACCGCUACCUGGCCGUGCGCAUCCCGCUCAGGUACAACAGCAUGGUGACGGAGAAGCGCGCCAAUGGCGUCAUCGCGCUGUGCUGGGUGCUGUCCAUCGUCAUCGGACUCUUCCCGCUGCUGGGCUGGAACAACCUGAGCGAGCUCAAGAAGAAAUGCAGCGUCGUCGUCAGCAACAUCAGCAGCAGCAGUAACGGCAGCAGCAGCGGCAGCAGCAGCAACGGCAGCGGCGGUGUCUCCGGCGAUGCGAGCUGCGCGGACUUCCGCUGCGACGCGGCGUCGGAGGCGGCGUGCGCGCCGCACGCGCUGCUGUGCCGCUGCAACGUGGUGGGCUGCCUCUUCGAGAACGUGGUGGACAUGGGCUACAUGGUCUACUUCAACUUCUUCGGCUGCGUGCUGGCGCCGCUCGUCGUUAUGCUGUGCAUCUACGCCAACAUCUUCAUGGUGGCGCGGCGGCAACUGCGGCGCAUCGAGCAGAAGAGCGGCGGCUCGGACUCGUCGCGGAGCUACUGGCAGAAGGAGGUUCACGCGGCUAAGUCGCUCUCCAUCAUCGUGGGGCUGUUCGCCAUCUCGUGGCUGCCCCUGCACGCGCUCAACACCCUCGGGCUGCUGUCGCGGGUCAGCAAGCCGCCGCUGUGGCUCAUGUACAGCGCCAUCGUGCUCUCGCACUUCAACUCGGCCGUGAACCCGUUCAUCUACGCGUACCGCCUGCGCGAGUUCCGGCUCACGUUCCGCAGGAUCCUGCGGCGCAAGGAGAACUGCGCGCGGCGCGGGAGCGGCUCGGCCAUCACGCGCACCGCGAGCACGCUGAGCGCGGCGAGCAGCGUGAACCGGAACGGACACCACCAUCACCACCACCAUCACCACCACCAUCAGCAGCAGCAUCAACAUCAUCAGCACUAUCAGCAUCAUCACCCCCACCAUAACGAGCAGCAGCAGCAGCUGGAUCAUGAGCAUCACCAGCAACAGGCGUCAGGGUGGGCUCCUGCCGAAGGCAUGGCAAUGCUGCCAUCAUGACAGGGAUGUAGGGGGGGGGAGGGGGUCCACGCGGCCCCCCGCUACGCCCCCGCGAAGCGCCGUGGUCACCAACCUGUGCACGUGCUGCGCGCACGAAGCGCGGCGUCACUUGCGGGGCGGACUGAGCUGGAGUCAACUUCUGGCUGAGGCUCGUGGCUCUCUCACUUGCGGCUGACUUGUUCCUGGCGCCAGGAGUUUUGAGUUACACAUCUGCACUGCUAUUGAUAAAGACGAUGGAGAUGAUGUUGAUGAUAGUUGUAGAGCGGAGGGAAGGCCUGAUGAAUAGGGCUCUCAUAUGGGGGAACACGCGGCCGCUCCGACGAUUGGGAUUCGGUCGGUGGCGAGAGAGGCAGCGAUAUCACGAGAAUAAAGAAUUAAAAAGCAGGACCGGGCACGGAUUGUCUGCGGAACGCGAGCAGAGGAGUUCCUCCGCUCCGCGUGCAGUCUCCACCACUCAGGGACUAAGUGCGCAUCCCCCGCGGAGAGGGGGUCUCUGCGGAGGUCGCUCGGGAUAUGAACGGAGCUGUUCCGAACGGUUGAAACUGUCGGGAACGGAACGAGAAGGCACCGGGGGCGACCCCCCAAGGUGUCCGUCUCACCCGUCGACUAGACGGGGCAGCAGGGGCUACGAGACGGGUCCAUAGUCACUCUGUGCUGCACCUGUGCAUGGUGCGCCUCACCUGCGCUCUUCACCUGCACACUCCUCGUUUGUACGCACGUUAAACUUCUUUCGCACCGCACGUCGCCAGCCGUGCUCGUCACACUCCUGAGACGCACAGUGUGGGGGGGCUCCUGCACAGGGGUGGUCCCGGUGCUGCUGCGCUCAAAUUCCGGGCCCCCUCCUCCCCAUCGCGCCCCCCCCCCUCCCCACUUCCGUGCAGCUACCGCCGGUGCCUCGGCCACCCCCACCCCCUCCCCAACCCAGCGACUGAUAAUGAUGGAAUGCAGCCGUGGACGUCAGAGUGAAAUGGUUCGACUCCCAGUGCCGUGAGGUCGGUUCUGUCCGCGCUCGCUGCUGUGGAGUGCCGAGGUGCCGCGAGGGGGGGGGGGCGACAACUUGUAACGAGUCUGAAGCUCUGCGAUCGGUUUUCGGGUUUGUACUGCCGUGCGUUGUUCGGCAUGAUGUCCGACGUUUCGCUCUACCACGUGCUUGGUGGUAACUCCAGUGCAGUUCCGGACGAGCUCCCCCACCCAGCGCGUGGAGCGAAACGUCGGACGCGUCGAAGAGCUCCUCUUCGGCGCAAUCGCGAGAACCUCGGCGUGGCUGGCGGCGUCCGCGAGCAGCGCGGUCGCGGUCUCGAGCGAGGAGCUGAAGCCGGAGGGGCCUCGACCGCGUCGAUAUUCAAAUUCGCCUCGUUGGGGUUUCCCCCCAGCCCAGCCCCCGCCGCAGCCGCACGAUUCAGACGGGAUUAGUCAUUGCGCUCGUAUUUAAUAUUCCCAUUUUCCCCCGACAUUGGCGCCCUGGCUGCCUUCUUACGCACUCACGCGCGCACACGCGCGCACGCCUGCAUGCACACGCACCCCUGUACGCACACACACGCGCGCACUCACUCACGCACGCACGCACGCGUGCGCACACAAUAUAAAGGCAAACAUCCCCCGUAUAGCCUUUAACAGAUUGUCGUGUCAAGCGCUGUUAGCUUAGCAGCACCUAUGACGACCGGCACUGCACACUAGGGAGUAGGUGGCCAGCACCUCGCAUGAGGGGCCGCCUUUGUCUCCACAGUGCUGAUGUUUAGACAUCGCACCAGGUACUCGUUUGAGGCUGAGUCAACCUAGGGGAGGCUCGAAACUGGUUCAGAUUAUCGUCACUGGUGUUGGCCGUGAGCAGGAAUAGAGCUCGGUCGCCGGGUUCGUAGUUCGGUGCGCUAACCACUGCGCCACCGCUCCGACAUUCGUCAUUUAGUGACGGUGACAUCACCACGGGACAGACCCAGGUGCCAUGGGUUGACUGAUUGAGAUUACUGGGAGAUGGACAACCUACGCUCCCCACUGUGUCAACUCGCUGCGUUUUAUCCGUCCGGCGCUCCGCUCGUUGUUGUGAGCGUCACUCUGCCGUUGUUGUGGGAGGGCGAUUGGCCAUUAGUGUCCUUCACGAACCUCGUCCGCAAAGGCUUAUCUUGAGACCGCUGGUACCAGUCAUUAGCAAGUCCAUAAUAUACACACUGGUACGUACACACACACACCUACACAAGUGCACACAGUGAACACUGACAUGCACGCCUACGCAUUGGCAAUAAUAUAAAUACUGUACUCAAACCGGCACCCAUCAACCAACAAACGCACGCUCUACACAUGCGAACACACAGACACACCUACACACAAUCGCACACACGCACACACACACACACGCACACACACGCGCACACACACGCGCACACACUCACACGCACACACACACGCACACACACGCACAUACACGCACACACACGCACACACACUCACACGCACGCACAUACACGUAACUCUGAUCAAAUGCA